AUGCCUCAUCAACUCCCCCCAACCCAGCGUAAACUCCCCUUCUCCUCGCUCCUAGAAAGCAUCCCCGACGAAAGCCACGAAAAGACGUUCGCGAUGCUUCAUGCCGAAAUCACCAAUUUCAUCAAAAAAGGCAUCGGCAAGAGGGUUGCCAGCACAAGCAAAUCGCUAUGGACGUUGAAGCACCCUGCAGAGUUCCUGAGCCUUGCGACCACGGUCGCUCGACCGGGUGCUGACGGAAACUGGGAGAAGCUGCUUUGGUCGCGAUCGUAUCGAUGUGCUCUUUUGACGGGCGUGGUGAUGAUGCUUCUUGAGAAACACGUCUUUUCGGAUCUUUUGUUUGGGGCUGGGCUGGAGCAGGCGGAGGUGCUGCGGAUGGAGGACAGUUCCAUGCUUAACGUUGAAGGCUUCCGACGUACGGGCCUUCGUGCAGACACCAACCGAGUCUACCUCGAAGCUACAGGCGGCAUCCCUCCCCUCUUCUGGAAACGCGUAGACAGCGUCACUGCUCAAAUCACGGAACUCCUGUCACCUCUCUCCGCAGCCGUUGGAGGAGAGAUCGUGUCGUCAUCCUCGUAUCAAGCCCUGCAUGACAUUGUUGCACUUGCAGGUUGGCUCAACAUCGCGAUGCGAGUUUCUCCCAAGAUUACGACUUUCGAAUGGGUCAAGCCCGGCGAGGCAUACCGACACGGCUUUCUCUCCAUCGGAGAGGACAAACAGACGAGCACAGUCUCCUCGGAGAGCCAUCAUCGAGUCCGCGCCCGCGUCAUGAUCUCUACGACACCGAAAAUCACGCGAUACGUGCGCUCCAGCAAGGGCUUCUUCUGGGGCACGGAGACGUACGAGGUGAUGAAGCCGCAUGUGUUCACAUACACGGGGUACUUCAGGGACUGGGAGGACAGCGCCGGUGGUGCGCUGCAGGGUCACGUCCGCAGCAGGCUGUUUUCGUCUCCGAUUCGGCUUUUGGCCCUGCUGGUGAAUGUUGUGCGACUGCUGGCGUUGGUUGGUCUUGGACGGGGUAAGGGCUUAUAUCUGAGUCGGUCGUUUUCAUUUAUCUAG